GUCAAUUCAGUCAAAUACUUGAGGCCAGGGCAUCCCAGCGCUUUUCCUUGACGAUUUGAUCAUUCACGAGACAAUUGCUUCCUCUUCAGCAGCUACUCUAAGAGCCAAUCGACCUGCAAGCACUUAUCCCAGCAGACAACCUCACAACCCCUCCUUGAAUCGUGCCUCAUCAUCGCAAUGGCUGCGCAACCUGUCGUCCACAAUGUUGGCAUCGUGAUGAACGGAGUCACGGGCCGAAUGGGCACCAACCAGCAUCUCAUCCGAUCAAUCUGCGCCAUCCGCAACGAGGGCGGCGUCAAGCUCACCAACGGCGAGAUCAUCAUGCCGGACCCCAUCCUCGUCGGUCGAAACCCACUCAAGCUGCGCGAUCUCUGCCAAGCCCACGGCAUCACGCGGUCCUCGACCGACCUGGACGCGUGCCUCGACGAUCCCUACAACACCAUCUACUUCGACGCGCAGACCACCGGCCGCCGCGCCGAUGCCGUCAAGAAGGCCAUCGCCAAGGGCAAGCACGUCUACUGCGAGAAGCCCACGGCCGUGUCGUCGGAGCAGGCGUACGAUCUGUACAAGACGGCCGUCGACGCCGGCGUCAAGAACGGCGUCGUGCAGGACAAGCUCUGGCUGCCCGGCCUGGUCAAGCUGCGUACUCUGAUCGACAGCGGCUUCUUCGGCGAGAUCCUGUCUGUCCGCGGCGAGUUUGGCUACUGGGUGUUUGACGGCAAGGGUCCCGUGGCUCCGCAGCGUCCCAGCUGGAACUACCGCAAGGAGGACGACGGCGGCAUCAUCAGCGACAUGCUAUGCCACUGGCAAUACGUGAUCCAGAACUUGUUCGGCGACAUUGACUCGCUGACUUGCACCGGCGCGACCCAUGUCAAGGAGCGAGUCGAUGAGGAGGGCAAGACGUACAAGUGCACAGCCGACGACUCGGCGUACGCGACCUUUGAGCUCAAGAACGGCAUCAUGGUCCACUUCAACUCGUCCUGGACUGUCCGCGUGCGCCGCGAUGACCUCUUGACAAUUCAAGUCGACGGCACCAAGGGCAGCGCCGUAGCUGGUCUGCGCGACUGCGUAGCCCAGCACGAGAGCCAGACGCCGCGGCCAACCUGGAACCCCGACGUGGACUCGCCCAUCAAGUACUCCGAGGGUUGGUCGCGCGUGCCGGACUACCAGGCCUUUGACAACGCCUUCAAGGUGCAGUGGGAGAUGUUCCUUCGCCAUGUGGUCAAGGACGAGCCGUGGAAGCACAGCCUGUUGGAGGGCGCCAAGGGAGUGCAACUCACGGAGCUGGGUAUCCAAAGCUGGGAGAAGCGGGCGUGGGUGGAUGUUCCGGAGCUUAAGGAAUAGAUGCAUAUAGACGGGCUCUUUAGAUUUACAAGAUGACU